CCGCCCUCGCAGAGCAUGUCUGGCUGCUCCAGACACUCGUCCCCAGCCCCUCAAGCCAAGCCUAUUCUCACCUGCCUCUUCUUACCGCAGCACCCGAUCCUCAGGGCAGCUGUUUACCACCGUUGCUUAGCAACGAGCGCCCGCGUGCUACAUCCGGCUCCGUCCGUCCCCCCGCUUCCUGUCCGCAUCUUUAGGGCGCCAGCGGCCAUGGCGGAGGGAGACGGCCUCAUUUCAGUGGACUACGAAGUGUUCGGGAAAGUCCAAGGGGUGUUUUUCCGCAAAAACACACAGACUGAAGGAAAGAAGUUGGGUGUCGUUGGCUGGGUGCAGAAUACUGACUAUGGCACUGUGCAAGGCCAAAUCCAAGGUCCUACUGUCAAGGUGCGACAACUUCAAGAAUGGCUUCAGAAGACAGGAAGCCCCAAGUCCCGCAUCGACAGAGCUGAAUUCCGCAAUGAGAAGAAGAUUGCUCGUUUAGAGCAUAGUGACUUUUGUAUUGUCAAAUAAUAGUGCCCCAGGGGGGAAAGCACUAUAUUUAUAGUAAGAGUAAUAAGCUCAUUGGGAAGAAAGCGCUCCCUUUAGUUUUUAUAUUAAUUGUUUAUGUACAGAUUUAUUCACUUUUAACUAUAUAUUUAAAUUAUUUAUUUACAUUGUGAUUACAUUGGUUACACUGAAUGUUCUAAGAACUUGAUGUGUUAAGAGUUGUUAAUAAAGUGUAUGCUUAGG